CCCGAAAUGGCCAAGAAACACUAAAGGCAAGUGUUGGGUCUGUUAAGGUAUUUAAUGGCAAAGUGGCUUGCUUUAAAGGAGGACGUUCUAUUAAGAGCUUAUUUUAAAGAUAUUUUAAAGAAAACUAUUUUAUUUUCAAACUAGCCAGAUGUAUGCCAAGAUUCUCGUUCUAUUUGGACUUGCCUUGCUCCCUCAGCUGGAGGCUUUGGGAACCUUCGAUCCAAAUGUCAUCUGUGGCCUGGUGGUGAACGGCACUAAGAUGAACGAUCCUCGGGCCUGCAAUGCCUGGGUUCAGUGCAUCGACGGCGAACCGGUCAGUGGAACUUGCGGCUCCGGACUUUUUUAUGACCGGGAGAGCGAGGAGUGCCUCGCGUCCGACAAAGUCAAGUGUGUCUCCAGUGAUCCGUGUGCCGCCUUGGCGAACGGAUUCACCGCCGAUCCGUACUCCUGCAACGGCUACUACUACUGUCAGAACGGCAAGGGCACCCACGGGGCCUGCAGUCCGGGUAUGAACUACAGUCCCGGCACCGAGGACUGCAUACGUAAUUUUCCGUGCGCCGCGAAGAUGGAUCCGGACAGUAUAUGCAACAUUCUGCCGGACGGAGUGUUCAUCAAGGACGCGACCAACUGCAACGGCUAUCAGAUGUGCUGGAAUACCCAAGUCCUGAACGGCACUUGUCCGGGCACCUUUUACUUCAGCGCCUCGGCGGCGGAAUGCGUUUAUCCGAAGGACGAGGUGUGUGCCUUCACCCCGGCUCCGGUGAUUGCUGCCGAGGGCGUGUGCCCGCAAGCCGGAGUGUUUGUGUCGGACAAUAGCACUUGCAACGGCUACUACUACUGCCGGGAACUGGCCGAUGGGGAGAUAUCCUUGGAGCAUGGCGUGUGCUCGGAGGAAAGGUUCUUCGUAGCCACCGACGGAGGCGCCUGUGUGCCCCGGUCGAAGGUGAAGUGCGACUACGAUCGGUGCGUGGGUCUGGGCAACUCCACCAUCCAGCUGGCCAACGAAUCGAACGACGGCUGCCGAGGAUAUUCGCUCUGCCAGGAUGGGAGUGUCAUCGGGCAGGGCACCUGCCCACAGGACGAGUAUUUCGACGAGGUGAGUCAGCGGUGUACCACCCAGGUGAUAUCUUAUCCCGCCUGCCAGCUAUCAUCCGACACCACCGUGGCUCCGGAGGCGGAGCCAACGGUCUGAGCGAUGACAUCUACGGUCUCGUGAGUUCCGUAACGCAAUCGUUUUUAAUUAGACACUUAGGUUUUUCGGCUGCUACAAUAAAUAAUAGCAACAUAUAGUAAGUGCCCCCCCUUAUCAAUAACGCAAUAACGAUUAAGUGAUCUCGCCGAGUGGCUUAGAUUUCCGUGAAUCGAUUGGCCGAAAAGCACGGCGUUUUACUCCACGGGUUGCUCCGAUAGUUGGGCCAUGAUGUCAUGCCGGAGAGAGUGGAGAACCCAUUCAGGUGUACGAAGGUUGAUACUAACUGAUAAUAGCAUUUUAACAGCUGGGGAAAAAAACCGUAACAUGCCAAUAAAAGUUUGCGGAAAAAUACUAAAUAGAGCUUGUCUGGCAAGGAUUCAUAAGCAUUAUUAAUAAGAACUUUACGAAUUAAUAUUUUUAAUAAUUUAAUAAAUUAUUUAUUUA